AUGUGCCGGCAGUGUUGCCGGCAUUGCUGGCAUCAUGUAUGCGAUUGUUCAUGGCGACUCCGGAGAACCACAGAGUGCCGCGGUUUCGAAGAGUGUCCUUCGUAUCCGAUGCCCUAUGCGUGGAACGAGUGGCCGCUCACUUAUGACUACGAAGGUGCUUUUCCGCCAGAUUUUGUUUUCGGUAUGGGUGUCGCAGCGUUCCAGAUUGAAGGUGCUUACAAUGAGGAUGGCAAGGGGGCGUCAAUCUGGGACACAUUUACCGGCACUGAUACAGUCGGCAUGCCAGGUGCAGAUUGUAGUUAUUGUUGUAAAAAGGCCCCGUGCCCAAUAGGUGAGAACAUGAUGGCAGUCGGCGGAAAUGGCUCGACCGGCGCCGUUGCGGAUGACUUCUAUCACAUGUGGGAGACCGAUUUGGCGGUGAUGCGGUCGAUGGGGUUGAGGGCUUUCCGCUUUAGCAUUUCAUGGCCACGCGUGAUCCCAACAGGGCAAAUCCAGGAUGGUGUGAACGAAAAGGGCAUCAGAUUUUAUAACAAUCUAAUCGAUGGGCUCCUCGCUGCAAACAUCACGCCGUAUGUGACGCUGUACCAUUGGGAUUUGCCACAAGGGCUGGUUGACCCAAAGCGGGGACUCGAUGCAUGGUGGUCGAAUGAUUCAAGUGGGGUGCCCACUGGUCAAAUAACGGCUGCAUUCGGUGACUAUGCUGACUUGUGUUUCAGAGAGUUUGGCGACCGGGUCAAGCACUGGUUCACCUUUAACGAGCCGAACCAUUUCUUGUACGGAGGUGUCGACGAGGCUCCCAACACGCCCCAGAGCAAGGUGAGGUGGCCCAACGCGUACGUCGCCGCCCACAACGUCCUGACCGCGCACGGCGCGGUGCAUCAGCUAUACCGUUCGAGGUACAGAGACGAACAGAAGGGCAGCAUCGGAAUUGUCUUCAACCAGAACUGGUUCGAGCCGAACAGCACCGAACCGAAAGAUGUUGCUGCGGCCGAGCGUGCACUCCUUUUUGGGCUGGGAUGGUUUGCAGACCCGAUCUUCUCCGGUACAGGUGAUUACCCGGCACCCAUGCGAGCUGUUUUCCGCAGCCAGGGCGUGGAUCUGCCGGUCUUCACCCGGGAACAAAGGCAAAACAUCAGCUCGAGCGCGGAUUUCUUCGCCGUGAACUUCUAUUCCAGUAAGUUUGCUGGCGACGCCGAUCCGACCUGGGGCAACACCCGAUCGUUAACAACGCGGGCGGCUGGCUCACUGCCUUCGCCGACACCGCCUCCUGGACCUUGGAGGAGCGGCCCCCGCCGUGGGGCAUGCCUCGGGGGGGGCCCUUGUGGCUCUACUCGGGGCCCUGGGGCCUCCGAAAGCUGCUGA